ACCGCCUUUUAGUGUGUUUCAAGCCCGUAUUUGACACAUCCCUAGCAUGAAAUCAAUCAAUCCUUCAAUCAACUCUCAACAACCAUUUUCUAUGGAGCUCUCCGCACAAAUCGACCAUAUGAUUUUGAUUACUAAAUGUUGGCUUGCGGUGAACGUUUCUUUAGGAACUACUCCACAACACCAAACCUUUUAUCAGCUAGCACGCUACGAUAAUCCAACCCAUGUCCAAGAAUAUGGGUUAGAUUACACUAACAAAGAGACGAAUUAACUACGUACCAACUUGAGUUGAUUAUGAAUGCACUCGAGACGAACAUAUAUAAAGAGUGUGAGGAUAACCUCCUGGGUCAUUAUAUUCAUCGUCCAGCAGGGAAAGCAUAACAACACGGUCAGCUCCUGACUGUUCCAUCACGAGUAAUCUAUUAUAAAUUCGAAGCCUUAUUUCCCAAAGCUCCUAGUCCAGCCCUGGCUUCAGAAGUCAUGACGACUUACAGCACAGCCGAGCCUCAAUACGUCGAGGUCAAUGGCACGCGCUUCGCAUACCUUCGUUUCGGCUCAACAGCUAAGACCGACGUCCCUCUAGUGUUCCUGCAGCAUUUCAGAGGCACCUUCGAUCACUGGGAUCCAGCGCUGAUUGAUCCCAUCGCUGCUGUCCGCCCGCUCAUUCUCAUCGACAAUUCAGGCGUUGGAAAGAGCAGUGGCACAGUUCCCGGAACGUAUGCAGAGUGGGCUUGGAACGUCGUCGCGGUCGUUAAGGCCCUGAACAUUCCCCUGAUUGAUGUAUUGGGCUUCUCUAUGGGAGGUUUUGUGGCCCAGAUGACAGCCCUGAAUGCACCAACUGUCGUUCGCAAGCUCGUCCUGGCUGGCACUGGGCCCAGCGCUGGUGAAGGUGUCGAAGGUGGUGACCCGCUUGCUACUCAGCGCUUGGCCACCGCGUCUAAUGAGCAAGAAGCGCGCGAUGCUUUUUUGACAGCUUUCUACUCGCUGACGGCAAAAAAGCAAGCCCUUGGCGACACAUGGUGGAAGCGCAUGAACGCUGCUCGCUCGAAUCGCUCCGACUACGUUGGUUCUGAGGGUACCAAUGCUCAGAUCGGCGCCGUCAUCCGGUGGGGGAGUCGUGACUUCGCGUCUGAAGGCUCCUACGACCGUCUACAUGAACUUAAGAUCCCCGUUCUCGUCGCAAAUGGCGACAACGACGUUCUCAUCCCGACAGUCAACAGUUGGGUCAUUUUCAAGAAGUUAGCCAAUGCGGAUGCCCACCUACACUUGUUCCCGGACGUCGGACACGGGUUCCUGAACGAGUAUGCGGACCAGUUUUCGAAACUGAUUAACGUAUUCUUAGAUGCUUAAGUAUCAAAUGAAGGCAGCACACUGGAUACUAGUGGAAUGAGACUGGAUCCUCUUGAGGGGAUGCUAUUUGUUAUAGAGUUGGUCUUGAGAAGAUCUGUCUAGUCGAGAUCUAUUCAGUCUUAAUAGCCCUUCUAUAAUAUUAUCAGCAAAUACCUCGUAUACCACAACGAGGUACUUUAUUUCUUAUAUACUGCGAGUUUUUCUUACUGAGUAUCUCAUAUACCACAGCGUAUAUAAAGUGAUAUUUGAGAUAUGUAAUCAAUCUUAUUG